ACGACCUUCAGUUGUCACACAAAAACGGGUACAUGAAUUUGAGAGCAAACUAGGAGUAUUAAAUUUUCCACUUUCCAGCAGAACCACAUUCUCCAAUUCCUCUUCUUAAAACCAAAUAGAAUCAAUUUUUGUUCAACCCCAAAAUCCCAAUUCAGAAUUUUCAUCUUGAGUGUCAAAUGGCUACUUCAAUUCAAAAUUUAGUUCCACCAUUUUCUUGCCGGCGUUUGAGCAAUAUGUCGUCGUUUCCAUCCCUUUCUUCUCCAAUUGCCAUUUUCCGACGCAGAAAUGCAAGAAACAAGUUAAAGGGUAUGUGUAGAGCAAUGGUGGAGCAGACAGUACAAGGAGGAGGGGCUGCUUCUGCUUUUGCUAAAGAAAUGGAACGGCUUUCUGCUAAAGAGUCUCUUCUUCUUGCUUUCAAGGAUGCUGGUGGGUUUGAGGCAUUGGUCACUGGGAAGAUAACAGAUGUACAACGCAUUGAUGUGAAUGAGAGGAUCAUUGGUCUCGAGAGGCUCAAUCCGACACCUCGUCCCACAACGUCUAACAAUUUGGAAGGCCUAUGGAAUUUUGAGUGGUUUGGAGCUGGUAGCCCGGUACUCAUUUUUGCCAAAUUUUUGUUUGGGAGAAUUCCUCCGACGUUGGCAAAUUUAUCAAAAUUAGAUGUGCUGAUCAAGGAUGGAUAUGGGACUGCCACUGCACAAGUCAAAUUACUAAAUUCGAUUGAGAAUAAGUUUAUCAUCUCCACCAAGUAUAGUGUUGAGGGGCCUCUUCGUAUGAAAGAAGAGUAUGUUGAAGGGACAUUUGAAUCUCCAAAGGUCAAUGAGGAAGCUGUACCUGAACAACUGAGAGGUGCUUUUGGCCAGGCUUUUAACACUGUGCAACAACUUCCUGUCCCCAUUAAAGAUGCUGUGUCCAGUGGGGUGAAAGUUCCUCUCGGAGGGACCUUUCAGAGACUUAUUAUGAUUUCUUACCUUGACGACGAGAUCCUGAUCGUAAGGAAUGCUGCAGGAGAACCUGAGGUCCUAACAAGGUUGGAGGCACCACCUGAAACGGAACCAAUAAUCGAAUAUGAGAGUUAACUGACUCUAGGCACAUUUUGUAUGAAACAAACCUCUUUUUCCCAUUACUCACAUUUCUAGUUAACGUUGAGAAUACGUUGUAUAUCAAUUUCACAACAAUCCUACAUACCUCUUUCUUUCUUUCUUUCUUUUCACAAGUGUUGUACACAGUAAUGCCACAACGAUGAGCAACGAACAUGAGCUAACUCCAUAGUAGAAAAGAACUGGUAAAACUUGCCAUGGCUUUUUGAAUGAGUCUUUUUGACAUGGAAGAAGUGGUUGAUUGUAGUAAGAAAUAGAAAGGUUGUUAUCAGAGUUGGUAUUA